AUGACUUCCGUUUAUAAGGUUGCUGAAAAGCACCAUCUGGUCAUGGGAGACUUCGAAUUAGAGGCGAAACACAGGAAUUUAACCGAUUCACAUGCGUCAGAAGAGCAUAUCCCAAGUUUCCUACCGUUUAAACGUUGGGUGAACAGUUUUAGGGCAAAAAAGAGCUACCGCCCCUGUCAGCGUCUAAGAUACGUGGAGGGCUGGUCGAACACUACGCAGGCACGCUGUGAUAAUACUGAUGCAUUGCCCUGUGGAGGAGGAGGAGGAGGAGGAGGACAGGAUCUACAGUGGGAAUGUCUCUCCGGUCACUCAUCCAAUCUGGAGACUAUCAAGACGAGUACCUUGAGCGUUGCCAGUCAAAGUGUAGCGAGAUCAAGGGGAACCACCCACAGUACGAAUCAGAGUUUCGGCUCAGACUUACGUGGGUCUAUAGAGAGCUUGAGACCAGCAUUGAGCUUUUCGAUCGAUGAGGAAGCACACAACCGCGCUGUUAAGCGGCGUAAAGUUCUUCGAGAGAUUAUUACUACGGAAUCGGAUUACGUGCUUUUCCUUUUCUCCACACGACCGGAGAUCUACCACAACCUCCACCAAAUUCGCGAAAUACACGAAGGCCUUCUGGCACGAAUCCGGAAGGUAACGCCGAUUUCUAGCCUUGCUGCGGUAGAGUAUGACAGAUUGGUGCCUCAUGGCGUACAUGAGCGCUUUAAUCCUACUGAUCUAAGUCCAAGAGCAUUUCAGAAUAUAUCCAUGAGAACACGUUAUUUCAAGAAAUCCGUACUCUCCCGCUUUAAAGCACUUGCAGCAGAAACGAAUGAAGCACUGGAAGUUGCGGUCGAGAUUGGAAAACUAUCAACGUCGUUUGCAACAUAUAUGGAUUUCUGUAGCAAUUAUGAGCAGCUUACGGAGGAUGUGGAUAUUCUACGUCGAUCAGUGCCGAACUGGUCAAUUUUGGAGAAUGGUAUCGAAGCCUUGUCGAAGUCAGUAGCAUCGAUUGAGAACCAGGCCCUCGAACAUAAUAAAUCGAUGCUGUUGCAUGACCUCCUCAUAAAGCCGAUCCAACGCCUUUGCAAGUACCCAUUACUGCUCCAAGAGUUACUAAAGUGGACCCAUAUUCAGGAUGACCCAACUGCGCAUGACGGGAUUCACCAAGCUUUGGAGGAUGUUCGUACUAUGAUCAAUCAAAUCAACAAUGCUCCUGGUAAUCCGAUCAACAAAGGGAUGGUACAAAGGACCCUCUUAUUACAAGAGAUGCUAAGCCUCCCCAAAUUGGUUGCUGUUCAUCACAUUUACAAACAAUUGGGACCCAUGGCUCUUUGCGGAGUUCUCCAUGCCACAUAUCAGUCUUCAACCUACCUUGCAGGUGACUAUAUGGUCUGUGUCUUGUUCAAGAGCCACUUUUUGCUGGCCAAGAUCAAGAAUGACAAUCGCAGCUUAGAAGUAGUCGCGUGCUUAUAUGUCUGUGAUGUGAAGAUCGAUACUCUGAGGAAUGGAAAGGGCCUCUGUUGCCAUGGGUGCUUCUUCUCAUGGAAAUUGGUCUUUCAAUAUCAAAAUAAAAAGUUUGAGCUUGUUUUGAGUGCCUCAUCCGCUUACGAAGAAAAGCAAUGGAAAAGCGAGUUUCUUAAGUCAGCCGCACUAUCGGCUGAUAUGCAAAGACCAGUUUCCUCGGAGCUGCGAGGAUAUUCCUUUUUGACCUUGGACUUAGCCCCUCUGGAUCAAGAGUCAAGUUCCGAGCCUUCGUUCUCUCGUACGGCCUCUGUCCACUCGGUAGCAAUUUCGCGCGUUGAGCCCGACCUACAGCAUGUAGUGGUCAAGAGAACGCACUGCCCACAAAAGCUAGGACAGGCUGCCUGUCAUGUAGACGGCGAGUUCGACCGACCGAAAUUAUCGGUUCCAGAGUCACCGAUAAUACUGACAACUCGGAGACAAGACCGGAUAAGAUUAGAAAGAAUUAUCUCUUCGGUGUACACCAGGGAAUGUCUCCCAUACCCUGGCAUGAGCUUAGCGAAAGGCGACAUUCUCUUUCGGCCCGGCACAAUUAUGAGGCGCUUUACUGUCCGUCAGGGGGUCUACAGAUGUUCAAGUUCCGUGAACAUUCCCCGAAGCCAGUCUGUUGUUGAGAAACUUUACUCUACCAGAGAGACUACCCAGCGAAAAUGGUCCAACGACAGUGAUAAAGACGAAGUUUUACCCGCUAAAUGGGGAUUUCCCGAUGAGAAGAAGGUUGGCUGUCUUCCGAAAUCCAGCAUGGGAACCAUAAAACGCAGUAAGACAUUAAGGCUAAGGAAUCACCCACGGUCAUCUUGCGGCCUUAGCCGCCAGCAGACAGACAAGGGAGACGGAAAUUGUGAGCGCUCUGAGAGUCCAUUGAAAACAUCGAUCCGGAUCAUGUUCAAUUCCAUGUCAUUGAGGCGACCAAAGAAAAGCCCGGGCUUACGCAUGAGUGCUAGUGGAGGAUAA